UAUAGCCUGGAGGAUGGCGGACAUUGGCUUGCGCCGCGUGGUUCCCAGAGACCUGUAUCCCCUCGUGCUCGGCUUCCUGCGCGAUAACCAGCUCUCGGAGGUGGCCAACAAAUUCGCCAAGGCGACAGGCGUUACCCAGCAGGAUGCCAAUGCCUCUUCCCUUUUGGAUAUCUAUAGCUUCUGGCUCAAGUCUGCUAAAGCCCCAAAGCGGAAGUUACAGGUAAAUGGGCCAGUGGCUAAGAAGGCUAAGAAGACUUCAUCCAGUGACAGCAGUGAGGACAGCAGUGAGGAGGAAAAAGCCCAAGGGCCUCCAGCUAAGAAGGCUGCUGUAUCUGCUAAGCUUCCUGGAAAGGCUGUGGCCAAAGUAUUAGAGAAUAGCAGCAGUGAAGAAUCCAGUGAUGAUGAGGAGGAGGAGGAGGAGGACAAAAAGAAAAAGCCUGUCCAGAAAGGAGUUAAGCCCCAAGCCAAGGCAGCUAACAUUCCUCACAAGAAGUCCAAGAGCUCUGAAUCUGAUUCUGACUCAAGCUCAGAGGAUGAGGUACCAAAGAACCAGAAGCCAAAGACAAUAUCUGUGGCAGCGAAAGCACAGGCCAAAGCUCCAGCCAAACCAGGCACACUGGCUCGGGCAGCUCCUAAAGUAACAAACGGCAAAGCAGCUAGCAGCAGCAGCAGCAGCAGUAGCAGUAGCAGUAGCAGCAGCAGCAGCAGUGAUGACUCAGAGAAAGAAAAGGCAGCACCCAUCCAAGAAGGUCCUUACAGUUCAGUCCCCCCACCUUCUGCUCCCCCACCAAAGAAGUCCCUGGGGACCCAGCCCCCCAAGAAAGCUACAGAGAAGAAACAGCCGGAAGAAAGCAGUGAGGAGAGCAGUGAUGAGUCUGAUUCAAGUUCUGAGGAAGAAAAAACUCCCCCGGCUAAGACAGUCAUCUUUAAAGCAACCACUAAACCAACUCCAGCAAAAAAGGCAGCAGAAAGUUCUUCAGACAGCUCAGACUCCGACAGCUCUGAGGAUGAAACUCCUGCCAAGCCAGUUAGCAUCACCAAGAAUCCUUCAAGUAAGCCAACUGCCACUACCAAACAGCCUGCAGCCAAAGCAGCUGUGGCUCCCAAGCCACCUCCAGGCAGUGGUCAUAAGCCUCUGGUCAGAAAGGCUGAUAGCAGCUCCAGUGAGGAAGAGAGCAGUUCUAGUGAGGAGGAGGAGGAGGAAAAGGAGGAGAAAACAACAAAGACUGUGGCCAAACCUAAGUCCAAGGUGAUGGCCAAAGCAGCUGCAUCUCUCCCUGCCAAACAGACCCCUCAGAGUAGUGAGGCCAGUAGCUCUGAUUCAGACAGCUCCAGCAAUGACGAAGAGGAGGAGGAAAAAAAGACAUCUAAACUCCCAAUUAAAAAGAAGCCUCAGAAGGUAGCAGGAGCUGUAGCCCCUUCCAAGUUGGCCUCCAAAAAGAAAGUAAAGGCUGAGAGCAAUAGCAGUUCUUCCUCUGAUGACUCUAGUGAGGAGGAAGAGGAGGAGGAGGAGAAGCCAAAGGGCAAGGGUACCCCAAAGCCGCAAGUACCCAAGGCCAAUGGCACGUCUGCACUGACUGCCCAUAAUGGAAAAGCAGUCACAGACAACAAUGAGGAAGACGAGGAGGAGGAGGAGGAAGAAAAGAAACAGGUGACAGUGGCAGUUUCCAAGCCAGGUUCAGGAAAGAAGCGGAAGCAGACUGAAGCUGCCAAGGAGGCAGAGACUCCUCAAGUCAAAAAGCUGAAGCUCCAGACCCCCAAUACAUUUCCUAAAAGGAAGAAAGUAGAGAAAAGGGCAUCAUCCCCAUUCCGAAGGGUCAGGGAAGAAGAAAUUGAGGUGGAUGAUCGAGUGGCAGACAACUCCUUUGACGUCAAGCGAGGUGCAGCUGGAGACUGGGGGGAGCGAGCCAAUCAGGUUCUGAAGUUCACCAAAGGCAAAUCCUUCCGGCAUGAGAAAACCAAGAAGAAGCAGGGCAGCUACCGGGGAGGCUCCAUCUCUGCCCAGGUCAAUUCCAUUAAAUUUGAUAGCGAGUGACCUGGGGCCAUCCAUGGUGAUGCAGGGGUGAUGAUGUGAGACCACUCACUUUCCCCAGUGGACCUAGGAGCCCUCAGUUCUCUUAGGGGAGGUCUGGGUGAGGGCAGCAGUUUAGAGUAGAUCUUAAGACUUUGCAACUUAACAUCCUCCCUGGUCCUUUUCUGUGAUCCUAGUUUUGUACAGAUUUGUUUAUGAGUAUUGUGUAGCAGGGACAAGCUAAAGGGAGUGUCAUUUUUUAAGAAAAUUUGUUUUAGUUGUUGCCUUCUCCCUGUUCUGUGAAAGUCCUCAUACAGAGAAAUUUGUGUAUUUUAUAUUAAAUCAUUUCCUAUUGAUUUUUGUUGUAAUUUUCAGAGGCAGGUUCCCACAGACAAAAAAUCUUAACCAUUGUCCAAGACAUAAUAAAGGUCACGUGUGAAUUUUUAUAAUUUAUUUGGAGGAGAAUUCUGCUAUUAUGAGUACACAUGUGGUUCACUUUUCCUCCCUCCUACCCAUCCGCAAAACCCUGGUGAGGGGAA